AUGUCUGAACGAGGCUCGUUCCGCGGCGGUCGCGGCGGCGGCGGCGGUGGCCGUGGCGGUCGCCAGCAGCAGAAAACUGGCGGCGGUGCCGCUCAGCAAGAGAAGCCAAAGAAGGAGAAUAUCCUUGAUCUGGGCAAAUAUAUGGACAAGGAGGUCCAAGUCAAGUUCAAUGGUGGUCGUGAAGUCACCGGUACCCUCAAGGGUUAUGACCAGCUUAUGAAUCUCGUCUUGGAUGAUGUCAAGGAGACGAUGCGCGAUGAUGCGGGUAACUCAACCACGCGCUCCCUGGGCCUGAUCGUUGCCCGUGGCACUCUGAUUGUCCUCAUUUCGCCUGCUGAUGGCAGUGAGGAGAUUGCCAACCCCUUCGUGCAGGCGGAGGAGUAA